GUAGAUAUGGUGAAAUUAAUAGAGGAACGGGUAAAAAUAAUGAAAUGGAUGGUAAAACGGAUGAUAAAAUGGGUAGAUAUGGCAAAAUCGGUGAAAUGGAUGAAAUUGAUGAUGAAACGGAUGAAAUUGAUGGUGAAACAGAAGAUGAAAUGGGUAGAUAUGGAAAAAUUGAUGAAAUGAACAAAAUUGAUAGUGAAAUUGAUUGUGCAACAGGUAAAUAUGAUGAAAUGGAUAGUGAAACGGGCAGAUAUGACGAAAUCGAUAGUAAAACAUGUAGAUAUGAUGAAAUAGAUAAUGAAACGGGUAGACAAAAAAUAGAUGAAUUUAGUAAUGGGAGUGGUUACGAUGAAACAGAUGAAUUUAAUAAUGGGAGUAGUUAUGAUGAAAUAGAUGAUAAAAUUG